AUGCAGUGCGCCAACGAAUUUGGUAACUAUUUCUCGUGCUUGGGUGCCAUCAACCCCAACAAGACCUUCCACUCCACCGCGAACUCGGAGCUCCUCAACCUCAUUAAGAGUGACGUAGAGAGAUCCUGCAGUCCCAUCCAAGCUAGUGCGGACAAAUUCUGCGAUGGCGCCCGGCGAGGGUCAGUCGCCCGGAAAGCUCUUUUCAGUCCGAGAAGCAGUGGCGCUGCUAUAGCAAGUCUAAUGUACGAAGCCAGAAGCAUCUGCAAGGAUAACUGCGGAGGCGAAAGACAAUGUCCCGGCGGACGCUCAGAGACUAAAGGCGAAGCAAUAAAACAACAUCUCACAAAGGAGGCAGAGCUUAAGAAGGUGUUUGACUCGCAGGCGAAGCCGUGCCCUAAUAUUUGCGUCCCCACGUCUAUGAAUCCUCCAGUGACGCGGUGCGUGGUGGCGCUGAGAGCUAGUGUGCUGACGAGUGCACAGGAACAGUCGCAUGCGGCGGCGGGCGAAGCAGAGUUGAUGGGCCGCUGUCCGUGGAGGUAG